CAACAUUCUUACAUUAUUAUCAAUAAACAUCCACGCGGGAAUAUGAUAGCCCCAAUCGGCUCUCAUUGACAUGGCACAGGAGAUUGUUGGCGCGGAUCUUCUCAAGAAGCUCAACAGUGACCUGAAAGGUGCUAGCCCCACCUCAUACUAUAAGCAUGUCCAAGCAUCGCUUCUUUCCUGGGAUGGAGAUAGCGUGAAUAGUCGGAAGUACCAUGAAGAAGGUCUCAGCCUGGGCAAUGUUUUCGCAAAGUUUGGGUACGAGAUAGAUGAAUUCAGGAUUCCGCUAAAGGGGUCGCAGUUGUUAUUAGAGAGUCAUAUCCUGAGUAAGGUGGCGGCAGCAAGCGCAAGGAGGUCCGAAGGAACCGGGAAAUCCCUCUUAAUAUUGCAUUAUGGAGGUCACGGUUUUGAAACCAAGGAUUGCAGAGCAGUCUGGGCUGCGGAGCCGAUAGGAGACGGAGAACAACCGCUUGUAGAGUGGCAUAUCAUACAAAACCACCUUGAGAAGUCGGAAGCAGACAUUCUGCUUAUUCUUGAUUGCUGCUUUGGUGCUUCAGCUGGACGGGCGGGGUCCAGAUUAGGCCGCAUUGAACUUAUCUCGGCUACAGCAAAAUUUGAGAAGACACCACCACCUGGUCUCUACUCUUUCACUAAUGCUGUGAUCAACGUACUUAAGCAGUCUUUGGAUAACAUUUCCCAAACGGAUCGCGAAGAUAUUACCGCUGAGACCUUGCAUCGGCGGCUGCUACGAAAGGAGGCAAACCUACCGGCUACCGCUAGCCACGUGGUUCUUCGCGCCGGUAUCCCAAAUAGAAGUAUUAGGCUAUACCCACUGCACCUUCAGCAGAACAUCGCACAACAACUAGAUACAAAAGGACCUCUCAUAAAGCUCUUAAUCAAAACCUCUAGUCUGGAUCAUAACAAGAUCGAUGAGCUUGCUAUAUGGUUGCGUUCAGAUAUACCAUCGGACGUGUCGUUAGAGGUUGAGAGCAUCACCGGCAUCAUGGGUUCCCUUCAGUCUCUCAUAACGAGCUUUCCUGAUACCGACAAACCUGUUGGGAGAGCUUUAAGUGAAGAUUCACUCUCGCGUAUUGUCACUGCAUGGAAUAAUAUCUGUGAGCUUGUCGUGCUGUACGGGCACGGUCGCCAGCAGUUCCCCAGAACGCAAAGCCUAUUACGUGUAUUGGAGAGCCAAGCCCGAAGGUUCCUGUCCCGACUAGAAGAAGAAGAAACAGACCUCUUAGAAUCUGUCGAACAAGGUAUAUUGCAUUCACCUUACGCGGAAAGCCAAAAGGGUGUAGAUCACUUGCUCGAAACUCCGGAAAUAGGAGCCCUUCCAAUUGCGAACCAACUGCGCCUUCUGCAACUUACACUCCGUCCGGAAGAGGAUAACGUUGAUGAACCAGAGCACUCGACAAAAUCGCUGCAUGAUGAGAGACAUAUUUGGAAGGAAGAGAAAGGUUAUAAGCAGUCGUUGGACCAAGAAGAGUUGAUGCAAAUCGAGCAGCGUGUCCGUCGUAUAGCGAACCUCAUGGAAGCAACCAAAAGCGAGAAAUUCCAUGCGCUAGAAUGUAUCAGAUGGUCUCACGAUGAUAAAGAGCAUAGAUUUAUCCUUGAAUUCCAGGUGCCACCCACCCAUAAUCCAACACGGUACUGGUCACUCAAAGGUAUCUUAGCGGAAGGCACGAAGAAACGGCCGACGCUCGGACAGAGAUUCCGUCUGGCCUAUACAAUAGCAGAGGCCGUCCUUCACUGGCAUUCUGUGCAAUGGGUGCAUCAAAGCAUCACAUCGCACAAUAUUAUUUUCUUCGAGGAUCUACAGUCCAAGAUUGACUUCGGAAAUUGUUUUCUUCAACGAUUUGACUAUGCGCGCCCGAAGCAAGAACCUUCAAUUGGAAGACACGUGGAUGAUAUUCAGUACAACGUAUACAGGCAUCCUGAUAGACAGGGACCGUGUCGCCAAGGUCAUACUAAAAUUCAUGACAUAUACUCCCUUGGCGUGGUCCUUCUAGAAAUUGGCCUGUGGGAAGACGUGCGUAUCACUGGUAUGAAGAAGGACAAUGAUAUUAUGGUGGAUAAAAUGGUCCGUAACCUACAAUACGCUGCCGAGAAACGCCUGCCGCACUACAUGGGCGAAGACUACCAAGAAGCAGUUUUGGCUUGCUUGAAGUCUGAAUGCGAGCCGGAGAUUGAUGACAAGGCUCAGUCACGUUUAGCAGAGUCUUUUCAAAGACUUGUCAUGGAUAGGUUGAGAAAGAAUCGCGACUUACGCUAAAGUUGAAAACUACAUUAUGUAUGUACCUAGGUACAGUUGUAUUUCACAAAGACUAUUGUGCUCCGUCGGACUUUCGGAGUUACUUAGGUGGUUAGAAUGCAUAAAUUUCAUAAGUGGGAUGACUUGAUGGAUAAGUCUUGGUUUAUGAAAAAAAGACCAAAAUAUCACUCUGGAUGUUACGGAGGGGUAGAUUUCCAUUCAUCUAUUUCUUUUAUCGGAGAUAGAAUUAAAUAAAAAUACAAAGAGAAAAAGUUCAUAGACUCUAACGUUUCGAAAUGAGCGAUCGGCAGCAGAGCGAGACAGGGCACGACUUGCCGCCGGAAGAUGAGUGGAGAGCCUUUGGAUCACAUGGAGAUUCUAAUAUAGAGGCAAUUGAAUACGUCUAUAAUAAAGAACGAUAAAGUCUGGUACUCGCCGCCCGGCGCGACAAAUUUGGAAGGUCCUUACACAGUGAUCAGCCAU